AUUACAAAGAGAUAUGGCUGACUGGAACAAAUGGGACCGGCAUUGGCCAGUUCAAGAUUCCUCACAGUGUAACAGUGGAUCCUUUUGGACGGGUAUGGGUUGCAGACAGAGACAACAAAAGAAUCCAAGUUUUUGAUAAAGUCACAGGGGAAUGGCUCGGGUGUUGGAGCAGCUGUUUUUCAGAAGAUGGACCCUAUUCUGUCAGAUUUACUGCCAAUUACAAAUACCUGAUUGUAGCUCAGCUGAAUAUCAACCAGUUAGCAAUCUUGGCGGCACCACCAGUUGGCUCUAUUGGGGACUGCAUUAUGGUCAACACAGUCCAGCUGGCAGAUGAAACCAAACCACACCUUGUGGAUGUAGACAUGAAGAGUGGAGCAGUCUAUGUUGCAGAGAUUGGAGCCCAGCAAGUACAAAAAUACAUACCCUUAAGCUGA